AUGACCUACGACCUAUCCGAUACCUUGAGCGAUGGCUAUGAGGGCAUGGGUCCAGUGAUUUCCAACAUUUUGCAUGCCGUCACCCCGUUGGUGGCCGGGCGUUUCGUCCGAGAACAAGGGCAAACGCAAGGGAUCAGCAUCACGGACAUGCUCAACGGCGGGGCACGCUUUAUCGAUUUCCGCAUCAUGUAUACUCGGGGCCCUGAUCGAGCAAUUGGAGAGAAGGAUUGGUACUGCCUACAUGGCUGCGAGAGCCAAAAGAAGGCGAGGGAUGCGAUCAACCCAUUUGGACCCUGGAUGGACGCACACCCACAGGAGCUCGUGGUGCUUUGGGCCUCACGCCACGGCAAUACCGGAGCUUGUGGGACGGACCAAUACCCGGACACCACGCCGCAAGUGCGACAGGCGUUUUUCAAGCAGGUGCAGGAGGUCUUUGGAGAGCUGCUUUUCAACAGCACCCAACGACUGAACGAGACUUCGGUGCUUUCUCUUCAGAAGAGAAAUCAGCGCCUCGUGUGGUUGGCCACCGACUACGUGGAGUCCACCGAGUCCUCCCCGUUGGCGGUGGAUGCCAAGAGCAUCGACAACCAACUGGUGAACUCCGGUCAUGGCCGCUUGGACUCCACGGCGGGCGGACCCAAGCGGCGUGAUUCCUCUGCUCAGAAUCGCUUUUUGCUCAUGAGCAUGGCUGCGGGCGUGGCCAAGGAGGCCAUCGAGGAGUGUGCCGCGACCAGCGGUGUUCCAAAUAUGACCUUCUGCCCGAAGAAAGUGAUCGACAUGGCGUACGUCGAGGGCGCUGCUGAUCUGGACGUGGAUUUUCCCAACGCCAUCUACCUGGAUGCCAUGGACCUUGGGGGUCUCAUUCGCACAGGUACAGCACCUUGA